AUUGCUGAUUAUAUCAGAGGUAGAAAAAUGUUAUGUGGUUCCCCUUGGCAUUUGUGCGAUCAUGUUUUGUUUAUCAUCCAUAUGGAGACUGAAUCACAUUGGAUUCUUGGUCGAUUGAAUAUUGAGGAAAGGCGUAUGUACAUGUACAACUCCUUGUCGACUGCUAUGAAAGAUAGUGCUGCUAUCAAAGCUUGUCAGCCAUUUGCGGUGUUGUUGCCCCACUUUUUUGCUUUGUUUGAUGAGUUCAAAAAGGAAAACAAACCGGUUUGUUUAGACCCUUUCGAAGUUGUUAAGGUUGAUGGUUUGCCUCAACAAACCUCGAAUGACUGUGGUUGUUUCGUUGCAUCGUUUGCCGAAUACUUCAUUGAUAUGAAACCGAUUCCUCCCAUAUUUGAUGUUGAGAAACACCGUGAUAGGCUUGCUGUGUUGUUCUAUAAGUAUGCUCGCAUGAAAGAAUUGGAUUUUAUUGAUAGUGAAGAUGAGGCUCCUCCAAAGGGUCCAAAGAAGAAUUUGUCUUAGUUAUCUAUUGGUUGUUGUUGGAAAUACUACUUUUUUUAUUUAGCUUUUGUUUUUUCUAUUACCUGAUUAUGUUCAUAAUCAUAGACAAGUUGUUGUUUCUAUAAUGUUUUUUUCUUUAUUGGAAUUGGUUUUUUAUUUGUUCAUAUUUUUGGAUUUUUAAUUUUUAUAUUUACUUUAACUCAUGACAGCAUACUAUUAACAACCUUAUUACAACCAUCGGACAAACAACUAAAUUGCAUUUUAAUCACUUUAUGUAGUUUUUUUUCCUUCUUAUUAAUUUCAACCUUCUUCCACUCAUUUAAUUAUUUAACUAUAAUAUUUGAUGUUCUUUUGUAUAUUAAUGAUAAUAAUACCAAUUCCAUAUUAUCAAUAUCUCUCCACAUAAAAAAUCACAAUAAAAAAAAUGUAUGUAACAACCAAUCGUAAUAUGCAGUAUGUGUUUUCUAAAUGUUUUAAUAUAGUUGUUUUUGGGUUGAUGUGUAGUUGUUUCCACUUCUAUGUUGUAAUUCUUCUGCAGGUCUUUUUGUUAUGUCCCUUUUGUCCACACUUGCCACACUUGUUUUGUUUCUUUGUUUCCCAAGCUGCUGCCAUUCUUCUUUUCCUCGGCCUUCCAGACUUGAUUCUCUCCUUUGGAGGCAACACUAUGAUGUCUUCAAAAAAUUCUGAAAGUUCCCAUUCUCUUACGUUUCCAACUGGGUAUACUGUUUCUUCAUAUGUUUGCAGCCAUGCUUUUGAUGUGUAGUAUUGUGCACAGUAGUUGUAUGUGUUUAUGUUCAAGUCCUUCAUGACGGCGACUGCAUGGUUACAUGGCAUUUCAUCUUUUUGAAAUCUAUUGCAUGUGCACGUCUUCUCCUUCAAGUUUACUAUUCUUGUUCUGUCUUCAUCUAUCACCUCAAACAUGUUUUGGUUUGCUGGUUUCACCUGCAUGUUUUAAACCAACUUUAAAACAAAAAAAAACUAUGCAAAAACAACUGUUUUCAUUUUACUUUAUGCGAAUGAUAAUCUCAACUUACUGUUAGUCGCAAUGACUGUACAUAGUUCCCUAUGAGUUUUUUCUCAGAUGAUGGUGUCAGCCUUGUUGUGCAUUUUUGUGCCUCCUUUCUAUUAUUGUAUGUCCACUCUUGCAUUUGUGCCCUCAAGCACUCCAUUAAUGUUGUCACUGGUGUUUCCCUUGCUGCUAAAUUUGCUGAGUUCAGUGCCUCAUCUAUGUUUGAUGUCAUGGUAGAGUACCUAUAAUUUGGACAGUUUCUAUCAUAGUUACACUUUUGAAAAAAAACUCAAACGCAACGCAAAAACAACGCAAACACAACGCUUUAAAUAUCUGAAUAUAUCAUUAAUUUUAUCCUUCUUAUUAGUUUUCACCUGUUGUUUUCUGAAUGAUACCUUGACCAUUUUUCAUGGCCAAUUUUUUCCAGGUACGGUCUUAUGCGCUUAUCCAAGUUGUCUAGCUCCCUCAUAUGGAAUUCAAACUCCAUUUCUGUGUAAGCUUUUGCAGCUGCCAAGAAUGGCACUCU